AUGUCUGAACCGGCGACGUCCUCAAGUAGCGAUUCUUCUAAAUUUAAUGGUGAAUGUGGCAAAGUUAGAAUAUUCAUUCGUUCGCCAACUACCUCGUUACCCGAUGACUUUUCCAUAUUAACUAGUCUUGACUCGUCGGUUCUUACUUUGAAACGGACCAUCUUCGAGACCCAUCCUACUAAACCAAACGUUCGAGACCAAAGGUUGAUCUACAGAGGAAGGGUGCUAAAUGAUUCUGAUACUAUCAUAAACGUUUUACGAAGUGAGCUGGCAACUGACCAAAUCUUUCAUUUGGUCGUCAAGCCUUCGUUUCAGACGUCUUCAGAAACCACUGGAAUACCUAUAGCUCGCUCGACAUCUACCACAACGAAUGCAAGAAUAGCUACACCCUUAACAGAUCAAAGUUUUGGUACUACAGGCUUAACUGAUUUCGCUCAACAACCUCCGAAUCUUAACAUGCCAUAUUUUGUUCCACCUUCAGAACAUGCACAUACAUACUUACAACAACAGUAUUCCAUUAAUCCACAACAGCAGCAUGACGUUCUCUUAAAUCAGAAUUUCUACCCAAUAGGACUGCCUUUGCAGUAUUAUUAUGUUAUGAUAAAUGGAAUGCCUUAUAUUGCACCAAUUCACUAUCCAUACCGGUAUACGUAUCCAUACCCGUACUUUCCUACACCGCAAAUCGGUGUACAAGCGCAACAACCUUUGGUUGCUCAGGUUCCAGAACCUCAACAAGACGCUGCCGCAAGAAAUCAACGCCGAGCGGCUACCUUGUGGUUGAUUGUAAAGCUUGGUUUCUUAGUCUACAUUUUUUCACAAAAUGCUAGCACUGAACGAAUGAUUUUAUUACAUCAAACUGGACGGUUACGCAUCGUACGGAGGCGUAGACAGAGGAUCAUAGCACCUAUACCCAAUGAUAUUUUAGCCCAACAAUUACCACAAAUGCCAGUACAGCAAAAUCCGGGAGGGCUUCCAAUUCCGCAACCGGACCUAAAUAAUCGCAAUACCCCUUCAUCGUCCUCAUCAACUGCUCAUUUACCGCCAUCCCCCACGCCAACCAAUGAUCCAAAUAACAAUGUUGCCAAUUCAUCUACAUCCUCAUCAAUUACUCUUCAAGAUGUUGAGCAUGCAUUAUGGACCUUUGUUGCUUCGUUGAUUCCGACGAACGCACCUGAUGUUGGGCAACAAGACGAUGUAGCGAUGUAG